AUGAACGGCGAGCCGCUGCCGAACGAGCACGGGGCGCCUGUGCGGGUCAUUGUCCCCGGCGUGGUGGGGGUGCGGAACGUGAAGUGGGUCGGGCGCGUAGUGGCCUCCACCGAGGAGGCUGAGGGCCCCUGGCAGAGGGGCCUUGCCUACAAAGGCUUUUCGCCCAUGGUCAAGGAGCUGCAGGGUAUCGACGUGGAGAAGAUUCCGUCCAUGCACGAACUGCCCGUGCAGUCUGCGAUUGUUAGCCCCAAGCCGGGCAGCACCACGGAGCUUGACGACCUGGAGGUCAGGGGCUUCGCCUGGAGUGGUGGUGGCCGGGGCAUCGUGCGCGUGGACGUCUCCAUAGACGAGGGGAAGACCUGGGUCACAGCCGAGCUGGCUGAUGGCAAGGACCAGGGGUACAAUCGGGCCUGGGCUUGGACCUUCUGGGAAGCAUCAGUCCCGGUGCCUCCAGAGCUACAGGGCAAAGAGUUCACGGUCCUCUGCCGGGCCGUGGAUUCAGCCUACAGCACGCAGCCUGAAAGACCAGAACCCUUGUGGAAUCUACGUGGCCUGAACUGCAACUGCUGGCAUCGCGUUCCGAUCCGGCACGCGGAGUGA